AGACCAAUGAAAUCGACGCACUCUAUCUCAUACAACCUCCGGUACCGCCUCUCUUCCUCUUCCGGAUUUUCUAGCGUGACCGACGUUUCGUGUCUAUUUAGACUUAAAAAAUGCGUUACGUGGCCGCUUACCUCCUGGCUGUUCUCGGUGGAAACGCCAAUCCUUCUGCCAAGGACAUCAAGUCCAUCUUGGACAGCGUGGGAAUUGAGGCCGAUGAUGAACGCUUAAAUAAGGUCAUUAGUGAGCUCAAUGGUAAAGACAUCAAUGAAGUUGUGAACUCAGGCCUCUCUAAGUUAGCCUCCGUACCAGCAGGCGGUGCCGUGGCGGCACCUGCUGCAGCUGCCGCUGGUGGAGGUGCUGGGGCUGCGCCUGCUGCUGUGGAAGAGAAAAAGGAAGAGAAGAAAGAAGAAUCGGAAGAGUCCGACGAAGAUAUGGGUUUUGGUCUCUUUGAUUAAUCUGCCUUCUCUGUGUUUAAAAAGCAAUAAAAAUGUAAAAGGUUUACACAAAAUCA